UGGAGCUUUAAGGAGAACACACAGACAGACAUUCUGCCCCCAUUUACACACAAACGCACCCACACACACACACACACAUGGAGUACUACUGCACUUUGCUGCUUUGGACCCUUUGCCUAUGGCCAGGGCUCCAUGACUGUUUCAAUGUAGACACCAAGAGCCACAGAGUCAUUAAGGGACCAAAGCAGGCGCAGUUUGGUUACACCGUACAGCAACAUGUAGCUGGUGGGCAGAAAUGGUUGUUGGUUGGAGCUCCGUUGGAAAUGAAUGGCCAGCAUCAGACAGGUGAUGUGUAUAAAUGUUCCUUAAACAGAAGAAACCCAGGCCCCAGCUGCACAAGGCUCAAUUUAGGAAAGAUAUCUUUAACAAAUGUCUCCGAACGUAAGGAUAAAAUGAGACUAGGGAUGACGCUCACUUCUAAUCCCAAAGACAACAGCUUUGUGGCGUGUGGUCCUCUCUGGUCCUACGAAUGUGGUAGCUCCUACUAUAGCACAGGAAUCUGCUCCAGAGUCAAUGCCAGCUUUAAAUUUUCACGUACCAUCGCUCCAGCUUUCCAAAGAUGUGAGACUUACAUGGAUAUCGUUAUAGUUCUGGAUGGAUCUAAUUCUAUUUAUCCGUGGUAUGAAGUGCAAGACUUUCUCAUCAAUAUCCUGCAGAAAUUUUACAUUGGACCAGGGCAGAUCCAGGUUGGUGUUGUUCAGUAUGGAGAAAAGGUGGUGACUGAGUUCCAGCUAAAUGAUUACCGUUCAGUAGAGGAUGUGGUGAAGGCUGCUCGAAAAAUAGAUCAGAGGGGCGGCGAGGAGACCAACACGGCAUUAGGCAUCAAUGUAGCACGAUCUCAGGCUUUUAAACAAGGUGGAAGAAAAGGAGCCAAGAAGGUCAUGAUUGUCAUAACAGACGGAGAAUCACACGACAGCCCCAACCUGAAGCAGGUCAUAGAGGAUUGUGAGAAAGAUGGCAUUGUUCGAUAUGCCAUUGCUGUCCUUGGCUACUACAAUCGUAGAGGAAUUGAUGCCAAGGCUUUUCUCAAAGAAAUCAAAGACAUUGCCACUGAUCCAGAUGAUAAGCAUUUUUUCAAUGUGACUGAUGAAGCUGCCUUGAAAGAUAUCGUGGAUGCUUUGGGGGAGAGGAUAUUCAGUUUGGAAGGUACCAGUAAGAACGGGACAGCAUUUGGUCUCCAGAUGUCUCAGGCUGGUUUCUCCACACAUGUUGUUGAGGAUGGGAUUCUUGUUGGGGCAGUUGGAGCAUACGAUUGGAAUGGAGCUGUGUUAAAGGAGACCCGGCAUGGUAAAGUGGUUCCAUCAAAGUCCUCCUAUGCACAGGAGUUUCCUGAAGAGCUGAAAAACCAUGGAGCUUACUUGGGUUACACAGUGACCUCAGUGGUGUCAGCACGCAGUGGACAGCUGUAUGUUGCUGGAGCCCCGCGUUUUAACCACACAGGCAAAGUGAUUGUCUUCAGCCUAAAGAACACGGGAGAGCUCACUAUCCUGCAUUCACUCAAGGGACAUCAGAUUGGCUCAUAUUAUGGCAGUGAGAUUGCUGCUCUGGACCUCGAUGGAGACGGAAUCACAGAUAACUUGCUUGUUGCUGCACCAAUGUUCUUCAGCGGAGGCUGGGAAAGGGGCAAGGUGUACAUCUACCGCGUUACUGAACAGCCCCGGUUCAUCCUGGAGGGGGUGCUGGAGCUCAGUGAUCUGAGUGAGAACGCAAGGUUUGGAUCUGCCCUAGCGCCAGUCUUUGACCUAAAUGGGGACUCCUUUAAUGACCUUGUCGUAGGAGCUCCAUUAGAGGACGAGCACAGAGGAGCCAUUUACAUCUAUAACAGCCAACGCAACAGGAUAAUCAGAAAGUAUAAACAGAGAAUAAGUGCAGCAGAGCUUGCCUCUGGUUUGCAAUAUUUUGGCAGGAGUAUUCAUGGGAAGAUGGACAUGAAUGGUGAUGGACUGGUGGAUCUGGCUGUUGGUUCUCUUGGUGCAGCUGUUCUCCUCUGGUCUCGCAGUGUGAUCCGCAUCCAUGCUGCUGUCCGAUUCGAACCCAGCAAAGUCAACAUCUUCAACAAAGACUGUCGGCGCGCUGGAAAGGAAGUUACCUGUAUGUCGGCUAUUGUUUGUCUGAAUGUCACUGCCAGGACAGUCAUCAAACCCACACAGGAAGUAGGUCUUUGGUACAGUACUUAUAUCGAAGAGAAGCGUUUUAAUCCUCGUGCUGUGAUGGACGAUCCAGACCGACAACAGCCACAAAAUUUUACUCUGCACCCUGGACAAGAGAACUGUGAAUAUAUCUCAUUCUAUGUAAUGGAAACAACAGACUAUGCCAGACCCAUUAUAUUCACAGUAGAAACAGGUCUACAGGAUCCAGACAAUGGUCCCAUGCUAGAUGAUACCUGGCCAACUACUGUCAAAACCCAGCUUCCUUUUUGGAACGGUUGUGAUGAAGAUGAUCACUGUGUUCCAGAUUUGGUGAUACAAUCACAGACUGACCUGGUCAGCCGCAAGCAGUUUUGUGGACAGGUAUUUCGAGUAAGCAGUGCUCUGUGUCUUAGCCAAACCGAACCUGAAGAAACUGAGCGUGUGAUAGAGGCAUCCAGGAAAAAAAUGGUUCUGGAUGUUCGUUUGGAGAACCGAGGAGAAAAUGCUUAUGGAGCUCACCUCAACAUCUCAUUGUCCAGAAACCUACAGUUCUCCAGCAUUGUAAUAAAGGAUAAUUCAGACAUAAAGAUCAACUGUCACAGUGGAGACAAGCAAAGAAAUGAGAAAUACUGUAAUAUUGCUGCUCCGUUUAUGAGAGCUAAAUCACAGGUCACUUUCCGUUUGGAGUUUGAAUUUAUUAGCUCAGUGUUGCUGGACCAUGUUCGGGUCAUUCUGUCAGCUGGAAGUGAUGGAGAAGAAGUGGCUUUACAAGACAACAUUAACGACAUCUUCUACACGCUGAGAUAUGAGGCCGACUUGCUCUUCACAAGAGAUUCCAAUCCAUCACACUGGGAGAUGAAAGCCAACCUUGCUUUGGAGAAGGCAGAAAGCCUGCGUCCACCAUUCAACUUUACUUUCCAAAUUCAGAACCUGGGCUAUUUCCCAGUGAGAAAUCUACAGCUCAACAUUAUGAUCCCAGAAGUGACAAAAAAUGGGAAUCGCUUCCUCCAGAUUCAAGACUUCCACGUGGAUCAGGUAGAUGGGACUCACUGCAUUCCCCCUCAACACAUAGCACACAGUCGAGCAUCACCAGAGGACCUGACCCGUGUCGCUCGCCUGAAUUAUACCAACUCUCUGGCUGUGCCAAUUCAGUGCAAUGUGAAUUUAAGCUCCUAUAGAGAAGUCAACGUGAGAAUCAGCGGAUCUCUGCGUGUUGACUCUCUCCAUGAACUGAAGUUUAAAACGCUGGAGCUGGUGACGACAGCCUCGGUGGAGCUGAGCCAGGCCAGUCCCAUGUUCCUUAAAGAAGAGAGGCCCAUCAGACAUAUAAUUCUGGAAGUGAGGAAGGAGGAAGAUUAUCGUGUUCCUAUCUGGAUUAUAAUCGGGAGUACAUUAGGAGGACUUUUACUACUCUCCCUCCUCAUUUUAGCUCUGUGGAAGCUGGGUUUUUUCCAGCGACAGAAACCCAGGGAGGAGGCAGAAAACGAGGCCAACGGGAAAGUAGCAGAGGAGCGAUAACGCAAGCUGCCCACAGGGCUUAGCCUAGCCCCAACUCUCAGGGAGCAUCCCACUACAUCACAACAUGUCUCUGCAAAAGAAGCAGAGAAAGAGAAAGAAAAAGCAGUAAAGAGAGGAUAUAUAAAGAGCGGGAAGUACGUAAAUAAAAAAAACAAGAAUUAUGAGACGAGCAAAGAUAGACAGAAAGAAAAUGAGGGAUUUGCUCAGUGCACUGGACAUUGUUGAUCAUUCAUUAAAAAGAAACACUGCACCACCUUUCACCUGGCCUGCACUGCUUACUGAGCCCUUGCAUCGCAGACAAGCGUCCAUGCCUGUUCAUCAGUCACUUCCAGUGGUUCAAUUGCAUUUACAGACUUUAAGAGAACAGCUUCUGGGAACAUGAACUUUUACAUGCAAACUGACUCAUCACAUCUGACAUAAUGCCAAAAUAAACUUCUUUUUUUGCAAAGAUAUACAAGAGAAACCUCAAAGGGCUGUGGCUGUCCAAGACAGUAAUGUUUCCUGGUGCUUUUUUUCUUAAAAAAAAAAAAAUCUUGUAAAACAACGAAGGUGGUGAAUUGGAGAGCAGAAGUUCGCACAAGAGCUGGCUUGCUUUUUGUAGUGAUGUCGACAGAUUUAAGAUGUAAUAUUAGGCACUGGUGUAAACUAGCUCCUUGUUUUAUUUUCAGUGGUUAUAAUUUAUUGGUAGGAAAAUGAACAGUGUUUUGGAUUUUUUCCAUUAAUUGUGGUAUUAUGAAACAAUAUACUUUUUGCCUUAACAGGGAUAUGUUUGUCCUUCAAAAAAUGGUUCUCUACUCUUUGAUAGGAUGAUUUCCUGAUUUCCUGAUUUCCUUUUUAGACCAAUCUUUGAUGCACUUUUGAUAUUGAUAUAAAAAAAAUGCAAACUUGAAUUUGUUAUGAAGUUAUGAAUAUCUUUUUUUUAUAUAUAACCUGUCAGAAAUGGUGUAAUAUUGCUUUCAUAAGGACUGUGGCAUUACCUUGUAGCUCUAGUUUGGCUUUUAGGAUGAGCUGUAGUCUUUGUUUUCUGCUUUCACAUCCAGCAUCUCAACAAAUAGCCUUUGAGAAAAGGUAGGCUUAUUGAUCAGUAGUUUUUCCAUCCAGGCCCAGUUUCUUUAUCUGUAUUAUGGAUUGUGUAAUUUAAAUGUCCAGGACAUUGCAAAAUGUGUUUAGGUAUACUUACAAUUGUCAUUGUUUGUAGUGUCAAAACUGAAGCAUGUAUUAUAAGUCAGAGAAUUUUAAAUGUGUACUAUCGUUUGUAUCUAUAUGACAAAAUAAAUAGGAAAUAAGAAAUAAUAAGGAGUAAUAAAAACGAAUAUCAUU